CUAGGUUUCCCGCCCAUACUUGGUUGAUCUGAAUCACGCAUUCUGAUUGGCUUGUUUUCCCAUCACCCAGAUCACACCCUUUCCUUCUUCCUACAAAUACUCUUCCCCCACCCACUUCCAACUUCUCUUUCUCCAUCCACUCUCGACAACCACAACCAACUUCCAUCAAUAAAUCCACUUUUUCCAUCAAAUCAACUUUGGAAAAAUGGCUCGCACUAAGCAGACUGCCCGUAAGUCCACUGGUGGCAAGGCUCCCCGUAAGCAGCUCGCCUCCAAGGCCGCUCGCAAGGCCGCCCCCUCCACCGGAGGUGUCAAGAAGCCCCACCGUUACAAGCCCGGUACCGUCGCUCUGCGUGAGAUCCGUCGCUACCAGAAGUCCACUGAGCUUCUGAUCCGCAAGCUCCCCUUCCAGCGUCUGGUCCGUGAGAUCGCCCAGGACUUCAAGUCCGACCUCCGCUUCCAGUCCUCCGCCAUCGGUGCUCUCCAGGAGUCCGUCGAGGCCUACCUCGUCUCCCUCUUCGAGGACACCAACCUGUGUGCCAUCCACGCCAAGCGUGUCACCAUCCAGUCCAAGGACAUCCAGCUGGCCCGUCGCCUGCGUGGCGAGCGCUCUUAAAUGCGCUGAAC